AUGGCUUGCAACUCUUUUUCUUUGACCUGGGCUGUAAUUGGAAAACAAUGCGCUAGCGCCCUUGACAGAAAUUUGAAAAGAUUGGAAGAACAGCAAGACUUUGCGAUUUGUCAGAUUUCUGUGAUCCAUAUAUGGAGACUUAACAAUUGGUUUUGGUCAUCCAUAUUUGUACCUCCACUAUAUAUAUAUAAGCCUAACUUCCUCAAGGCAACAACACAACCCAACUCACUAUCAAAUAUCAGUAUCCAUCCCCCUCUCUCAAUGGAUACUGAAAAUGGAGGAAAACCUGGUGUUAGCUCAACAAAGCCGCAGACCAAGUGGAUUCUUCUGCUGCCAAGGUUGCUGGCGUUCUGUGCCACAGUGUCGGCCACGGUUGUGAUGGCACUCAAUAAGGAAACCAAUACCUUUGUGGUUGCUACCAUUGGAAAUACACCCAUAAGAGCUACUCUCACAGCCAAGUUUCAGCACACCCCAGCAUUUGUGUUCUUUGUCAUAGCCAAUGGAAUGGCCAGUCUCCAUAGCUUGUUGAUGAUACUCGUGGAAGUAUUUGGGAAGUCUUUCGACUACAAGGGUCUCAAGCUUGUCAUGAUUUCUAUUUUAGACAUGAUGACAGUGGCACUGGUAGCUGGAGCAGCAAAUGCAGCUGCUUUCAUGGCAGAGGUAGGGAAGAAUGGUAAUUCCCAUGCCAGGUGGAAUAAGAUCUGCGACAAAUUCGAUAAAUUUUGCGACCAUGGAGGUGGUGCUAUCAUUGCUUCCUUUGUUGGAGUUUUGUUUCUGCUGAUCGUCAGUGUGAUGUCCAUUAUUAGACCCAUUAAGGCAUAAAACCAGCAUCCAAUGUACAGCCCUGCAGUCCUGCAGUCUAGUUACUCUGUUCUCUUGCCCUGUUAUUUAUCUUACUUGUGUGUUGUUUGCUCCUUAAUCUGUGUUUUCAAAGUGUAAUGUAUGCAAUAAUCGGAUUACUGAGGUUUCUGUUUGAAGACGGACUUGAUUUGUAUUUCCUGGGUUAUUCUUAUAAACAUCAUGCAUCUUAAGGACUUGGCAUUGGUC